AUGCCCUCGUUCCUCAACGACGACACCUCGCCCAUCUUCUCCACCGAUCUCGACCUUCUGCAUCUCGAAUUCGGAAACGACUUUGGUAUCGCGACAAAAGCAAAGAGUCCUGUCAAUGGGGCUGCUAUCGGCCACGCCCGCCCCGGCCUGAGCAACGAGAGCUUUGACGAGAGCUCGACCCUGUCCACCCACGACUCGGACAUUUCAGACACAACUCCGAUGCCCGCGAAUGGCAACGACGCACCAAAGCCCACCAACCCGCAGCCCAACGGCACUACCAUUCUGCCCGAUCGGACGGUGCAACGACUGCCUCCGGCCAACGCAAAUGACCACGCUUCCCCUCCAACAAGCCAGGCGAACCCGCCUUACACGGCAGCCCCGGCGACCCAGCUUGCACAAGACCAUCCGCCCAUGGAAGGCAGCCAUGGUGCCUCGAAACGGGCCGGCGACGAUACUUCUCCGCCGCAAGCACCACCAGCGUCUCCCGAACCUGAUCUUCUCAAUACGAGGUCACAGACAGCCCCCCUCGCUCAAGGCCUAGAGCCUGGGCUGCCCAAAGGCCACCCUAACCGGUUUUCUUCCCCGCCCGCAAUUCAGUAUGCCAGCGCAUCCCAGAGACACACGCUUGAAGUUCCCAAGCUGCCCCCAAGCCGGCAGUCGAGGGAUGGCGUGGAUGCUGCCUACGCUAGCGGGCGCUUCUCGCCCAGCGUCGCCGGCUCCGUUGGGACUCGCCGUGCUUCGCUGAAUCUUGUUCGCCGUACCACACGGUCAAUGCAGUCCGACUUCCCCAGGGACGAGGUGGUCCGCGACGAGGAUGCCAUCAGGUGGGCCGAGGCCUACCGGCAAAAGAGAGCCAGCAAGCGGAAACGCAAGGAGGAAGAGGACGACGACCGCGUGCUCGUCGGCACCAAAGUCGACGAGAGCCACGCCAACUGGGUCACCGCGUAUAACAUGCUGACGGGGAUCCGGGUGUCUGUCUCGAGGACCAACGCCAAGCUCGAUCGGGAGUUGACCGACGCCGACUUUGACGCCAAGCAGAAGUCGACGUUUGACAUCACUGGCAACGAACUGGUUCCUUCGGCAAAAUACGACUUCAAGUUCAAGGACUACGCGCCUUGGGUCUUUCGUAGGCUACGAGCCCUGUUCCGUCUUGACCCGGCCGAUUAUCUCGUUUCCUUGACGGGCAAAUACAUCCUCUCCGAGCUCGGCUCCCCCGGCAAGAGCGGCAGCUUCUUUUACUUCUCCAGAGAUUACAAGUACAUCAUCAAGACUAUUCAUCAUUCCGAGCACAAGUUCCUGAGGAAGAUUCUCAAGGACUACUACACCCAUGUCCAGGACAACCCCAACUCGCUCCUCUCUCAGUUUUACGGCCUUCACCGCGUCAAGAUGCCCUACGGCAAGAAAAUUCACUUUGUCGUCAUGAACAACCUCUUCCCGCCGCACCGGGACAUCCACACGACCUUUGACCUGAAAGGGUCGACGAUUGGCAGGGACUACAGGGAAGACGACCUCGCCAAGAACCCUCGCGCCACGUUGAAGGAUCUCAACUGGCUGAGGCGGCAACAGCAACUGGCGCUCGGCAUUCAGAAGAAGCAGCUGUUCCUGGAGCAACUGCAGCGAGAUGUCGUACUCCUCAAACGUCUCCAGAUCAUGGACUACUCCCUCCUCGUCGGCAUCCACGAUCUUUCGCGAGGCAACGAAGAGAAUCUACGCGACAAGACUCUUCAGGUCUUUAACCCGGGAGGCGAAAAGUCGGCCGAGGACGACCCCCAAUCGGCCCUCCUCCGAACUCCAUCGAAGCUGGAGAAUGUACGCAAGGCCAGAGAGCUCAGGCAGAUGAUUCGACAGGAGCGUCCGGUGCCCAUGGGUCAAGCUUUGGACAAGAUGCCUGACGAGCUGCGCGAGGGCCACAGCCGUCCGGGAUUCGUCUUCAACCAGGAUGACGGCGGCUUCAGGGCCACACAUGAGGACAAUUCGCCUGCGGAAGAGAUUUACUACCUCGGCGUCAUCGACUGUCUGACCCACUACGGAAUAAUCAAGAAGAUUGAGCAUUUCUGGAAGGGCCUAUCGAGUGACAGGACACAGAUCUCGGCACUGCCGCCGGACGAGUACGGAGACCGAUUCUACAACUUUAUCGAGGGAAUCACCAUGUCUGCAGAGGAGGGGAGGCGGGAGGCGCAGCGGAAGGAUCAGGAAGCUAUCGCGGCCCAGGCUUCAGAGCAGGCAUCACACCAAAACCCCACGCCCAGGUCCCACCACGGCAUCCCGCCCAUGCCGGACCACCGGCCGCCAGCACCACCAGCGGGGGGCUCGGCGUCCCCAGAAGGGCGAGAAACACUCGAGAUGGCGUCGAGGGAGGCGCGACGGUCUAUCGCGAAGGGGGCGUCGGAGCAGGAUGUCCCUGACCGGACGUUGCGCACCGGGGCGUCGAUGCCCGACAAACGGGACUCAUUGCAGCACGAGUCUAUCCUUCCCGUCGUGGAAGAAGUCGGCGAAAGCAGCCGCGUCGAUGCGGGACCGGGGACGAGCAGCGCAACGGGAUCCAAUGGCAAGAUGCCUGUGCCUCCGCCCCCUUCUGGGCCGCCGCCACCCACGCCACCGAAGAGCCAAUCCCAGCUCAAGGUCGAAAGCUCGGACAGCGGCUAUGGGGGCAAUAGCAACGGAACGAUCAGCAGGGACAGCUCACUGAGGCUGCGUCCUCGGCUGAGCAAAGAGAGCCUGAACAAGGGUCUGCCCCCCCUUCCCGGGGAAAAGAAGCCGAACGGCGGAGGAGUGAGGAUGGUUGCCUAG